UACAACACUGAUACUUUAACUCCUUCACAUUUCAGUGAGUUUAUCUACACAUCAGUAAUGGAGCACCGUCUCUUCAUACUCCUGUUUUUCACAGGAUUCGUUCCUUUCAUCCUGUCUGUCCCUCGUCAGUACUAUCUGAUCCAGCAGGGGAAAACCUGGAGUGAUGCUCAGGCUUACUGCAGAGCCACAUACAUUGACCUGGCUAUCAUCGACAGUAAUGACAACAUGGUCCGACUUCAGAAUGAAGCACAGAGACAACAAUUCAGUUCCAGUGCUUGGAUUGGACUCUACAAUCCCAUCAACAGCUGGCGCUGGUCCAUGGGGAAUGUGUCAGUAGGAGCUUCAUUGUGGAAACCAGGUGAACCCAACAACGGUGAUGGACAUGAGGAGUGUGAUGUCACAGGAAAACAACAAGCACUAAGAGUGAAGGUCCUAUCCGAUAAGGAUGUGAAUGAUCCUGCAGUGAUGUCGGCCAUCUUGGAGCAGAACCUACACUCUUCUACGCUUCUCUACAGGGGGUUUAUACAGGGUCCUCCACCUGUCUCACACAAGAACAUCUGGGCUCAACAUCCCUGGCCACCUUGA